UCCUCCGCAGCACCACCGUUGACCGGCCCCUCCCGAAGCUGCUCCUCUAGCGAAAACCUUCUCCAGGUUGCGUCCAUAUCCUACACGCAUGCGUACAUACACACGCACACACAUACACGCUUAUACGCAUAUACACGCGCCUAUACACAUGCACGCCAACACACACAUGCAAAGCUACACACAUAUACUGCAAACACGCCCACACACACACGCACGUGUACAUACGUUCAUACAUACACACACACACACCACUGCACAAAAACAUACAGGCUUACAUAUACACCGGUCUAUAGGAAGAUUGGGCGCCGAGCAUUUUGGGCGCCGGGCACAUUGGUCCCAAUAUGCCCGGCACCCAAAGUGCUCAGUGCCAGUGUUCCCGUAGCCCAAAAUGCUCUGUGCCCAAUGUUCCUGGCGCCUAAAAUGCUCGGCGCCCAAAGUGCUCGGUGCCAAUGUUCCCGUAGCCCAAAAUGUUCGGCGCCCAAUGUUCUUGGCCUCCCAAUCGACGUUGCCCAAUCUUCCCCAUCUUAAACAAACACACACUCGUGAUUGCGAAAACAUAAUUUGAAUUAUCAAGACGCCAAAAAUUUAAAUUUUCUUCUUUUUUUUUUGAAAAUACUUUAAUAACUUUCCACAUAGCUCUUAAUGCACUUUUAUUAAUCCCAGUUUGUCAACUCAUUUUGUUUUAUUAGCAAAUACGUGAUCUCAGAGAUCAAACUACUUUCCUAGUAAUUUCUCCUAAUUUUUAAAGUUGCAAGGACAGUGCGUUCCGCGCAAAUAACAAUGAGAAAAAAAUGUAUCAAAGUUCAAUUAAAACGCACAUAUUCACUUUCAUAAAAUUAAACACGUAAAUACUGCUUACAAAAUGUUUCCUACAGUAUAGUGUAGGAUCGCUAUUCAUAUCACUUAGAAUACAUGAUUUUAGGAAAAACAAGCGAGAUAUUUAAAUUCACCGUGUGAGAAAUUAUCGAUAAUGAUCCAUUUGUGAGGCUGUAAAAAAGGAAGUAUGCAAGUUUUUUUUAAUUUAUUUUUUCUGCAACUGAUAAAAAUAUCGAUACUUUUAUCAAACUACGAUAGCACAUUUCAAGGUUAAUGAGUUCUAGAAGUAUAUAAUCAUAAGAUUUGAGGCAUAAGAAUAAGUAGCAUUUCAUCCUAUUUUAACAAAGUAAUUUAAUCAUUUCGCUAACAAUGUUUCUAAACGUGAAGUUACUAGUUUUGACGUUUUGCAUCACCGCUACAGUAGCCUUAAAGAGAUGUGAAAGUUCUGAUGACUGUGGCGAAGACGAAUGUUGCGUAAAUUACGUGCUCACUUCAGUUCUGGGCGGAAUUUGCAGAAAUAUGAGAAAUGAAGGUGAAUCUUGUACGCCACUUGUGAAGGACAACAACGAAGUACCCAGUAUGUAUCACUUCCAGUGCCCAUGCAAAGAGGGUUUAGAAUGCAAAGCUACACAUGAAAUUAGACUUGGAGAGCACAUCAUUCGACACAGACCUGAAUGUGUAAUUCCUGGAGAUGAAACAACUGAUGACAGCAAUGAAGUUCCUAAUAUUGAAGAAUAGAGAGUGAAUAGAUUGUUUUUUUUUUUUUUUUUUUAAGUAACGCUUAAUUAUUUGUAGCAAAGAAACAUAGUUUCAACCAGAUUUCAUACGUAAAGUUCAUCAAUAUUUUGAAUGUUUGGUCAUAUCAUUUUUUAUUAUUGUAAUUUGAACCAUAAUUACACUCAUUCGUUAUGUUACCUAAUCGCUUAACGAAGACCUCAUGUUAACCCCAUGUCGAAAGUAGUGUAACUACCCACAUACAGCAUUUGAAUAAAAACUGGCUUACACUAUAUUACACAUACAGUGUUUUACCUUUCUUUCCUUUCUUUCAUGAUUUGUGUGGCGGCAGGGGCGUUGAG